UAUUUCUUCCGGAAGAAACAGCGCAGUGAGGAGAGCGGAACUCAGCGACAGGUGAGCCUCUUCCAGUCACAACAAGGAAGCAGCCUCACACUUCUCUGUGUUUUAGUGCUUCUCCCUCCGUUCAGUGGCCGCAGAGCUUCCUCGCCUCUCCAUGCUGCUGUGCCGGGUUUCGGCAGUGAGCCAUGCGCUAGCGAGGUGGACACGGAGGUCACAGCGGGCAGGCGGCCUCCUCCACCCGGCUCUCCACUUCAGCUCCAGUCGCUGUCAUGGUGUCAGCUCCGGAGAAGGCAGCGCUCAGCCGUCAGAGAGCGGCUCUGCUCCGGCACUGUACCGUGACACGGUGCUCCUUCCCCGGACCGAGUUCCCAAUGAAACUGACCGGACAGAAGCUGCUGGACCGAGAGCUGCAGAUCCAGCAGGAGUGUGGAUUUGCAGAGUUGUACUCCUGGCAGAGAGAGAGGAAGGCCAAGAAGGAGUUCUGCCUUCAUGAUGGACCCCCGUAUGCCAAUGGAGACCCUCAUGUUGGACAUGCACUCAAUAAGAUUCUAAAGGACAUCCGUAAUCGUUUUGAGAUGCUGAGGGGCCGUCAGGUCCACUACAUCCCUGGCUGGGACUGCCAUGGCCUGCCCAUCGAGCUGAAGGCUCUGGGGGAGCUGGGGACCAGCGGCCUCACACCACUACAAAUCAGACAGAAAGCACGGGAGUUUGCAGAUGGGGCCAUAGCUCGUCAGAGGGCUGCUUUCCAGCGCUGGGGGGUGAUGGCUGACUGGGACCAGUGUUACUACACAUAUGAUGGGGCCUAUGAGGCUGCUCAGCUGAAAGUCUUCCAGGAAAUGCACAGCAAGGAACUCAUCUACCAGGACUACAAGCCAAUCUUCUGGUCUCCUUCAUCAAGGACGGCUCUAGCAGAGGCAGAGUUGGAAUACAACCCUGAACAUGUGAGCAGAGCCAUUUAUGCCACAUUUCCCCUGAUCACACUGCCACCUAAAAUGGCCUCAGAAAAAGGUCUGGAAAAUGUCUCUGUGUUGGUGUGGACCACUCAGCCUUGGACCAUUCCUGCAAAUGAGGCUGUGUGCUACAUGCCCAAUACUCAGUACUCAGUGGUGAAGAGGGCAGACAACUCUCAGCUUCUGCUGGUGGCCUCUGAACGUACAGCCAGCAUCGCAGCUCUUCUGGGCACAGAGCUGGAGAGUGUCGCCACCUUCACAGGUCCCCAACUUGAAGGUGGAGUCUGCAAACAUCCCACGAUUCCUGACAAGGAUGUGCCGCUGUUGCCAGCCAAUCAUGUUACCAUGGCGAAGGGAACAGGAUUGGUCCACACAGCACCAGCUCACGGCAUGGACGACUACAGUGUGGCUUCUCAGUUCAAACUGUCUGUGGAGUGUAUGGUGGAUGAGGAUGGCAAGUUCACUGAAGCAGCAGGUCCUGAGCUACAGAAUCUGUCUGUGAUGAUUGAAGGCACAGAUAAAGUGAUUUCCAUGCUGAAGGAGUGUGGGGCUCUGGUGAAAGAGGAGCAGUGUGUCCACAGUUACCCGUAUGACUGGAGGACAAAGCAGCCUGUCGUCAUCAGGCCCAGUAAACAGUGGUUCAUCAACACGGCGUCGCUCAAAGACAAAGCUAAGGAGGUGCUGCAGAAGGUGCGUGUUUUGCCAGAGUCAGCAAAGAGCAGCCUGCUGGCCAUGCUGGACAGACGGACGUACUGGUGCAUCUCCAGACAGCGAAGCUGGGGCGUCCCGAUCCCUGUGUUCUACCACAAAGAGACCGGAGAGCCUCUCAUGAACAAAUACACAGUCUCCCACAUAGCAAAGCUUUUCAAAGAAAAAGGAAGUGACUGCUGGUGGGAGCUUCCCGUUGAGACUUUACUGCCACCCGAAGUCCUCAAGAAGAGUAAAGCAGGUCCAGUGAGUGACUAUGUUCGUGGAGAGGACGUGUUGGACAUCUGGUUUGACAGCGGAGCAUCCUGGGCUGCUGUACUAGAAGAGGAGCCGGAGGGAGAUUCUGCAGAGCCUGAGUCCCGUCUCAGCUGGCUCCCCGCUCCGCUCCGCAAACCUCUGGUCACAGAGUCAGACUCCAGGGCAGAUGCAUACGUGGAGGGAAAGGACCAGAUCGGAGGCUGGUUUCAGUCGUCACUGCUCACCAGUGUAGCCGUCAGCAACAAGGCCCCUUAUAAGUCUCUGGUGGUCCAUGGCUUUGCGGUCACUGAGAAGGGAGAGAAGAUGUCCAAGUCUCUGGGCAACGUUGUGGAUCCUGAUGUGGUCAUUAAUGGAGGGAAGGACCUGCCGGCCUACGGGGCAGAUGUGUUGCGUUGGUGGGUGGCGGAGUCUAACAUCUUCUCUGAGGUCCAGAUCGGACCCACUGCCCUCAACUCAGCCAGAGAGAGCAUCAGCAAGUUAAGAAACACUCUGAAGUUCCUGCUUGGGAACCUGCACGGCUUUGACCCGCUGUCUCAGACUGUGGACUCCAAAGAGAUGCACUUCAUCGACCAGUACAUGCUGCACCUGCUCCGUGAAUUCAGCAUGAAGGUUACAGAUGCCUACGGUGAGUUUGACGCUGGCAGGGUCAUCCGUGUCCUCCAGGCGUUCAUCACCAGAGACCUCUCCAGUUUUUACUUCAGCAUCAUCAAAGACAGGUUGUACUGCGAUCCAGAGAACUCGCUGGGCAGAAGAUCGUGUCAGACUGUGUUAGAGGAAGUUCUGGAUGGAGUGACCAGAUCCAUAUCUCCCAUCCUGCCACAUCUAGCUGAAGAAGUGUACCUACACGCACCCGGACAUGACAAAGGGGAGACAUUAUUCAGGAGCGGCUGGAUAAAAAGCAGUUCUGUGUGGCGGCGGCCGGGACUGGAGGAAGUAGUGGAGGGAGCGUGUGCCAUCAGAGACUCGUUCCUGUCGUCCAUUCCAGGCAAAAAUGCAGCACAGUACGACCUCACCAUUGCCAUUGAGCCUGGUCUUCUGUUUGAACUCUUGGAGUCUCUCCAGGAGGAGCCGACCUCCACCUCCUCCCAGCUGGCCGAGCUGAUGAUGGCAGCGCGGGUCACCCUGACUAGUGAGCUUCCCCGCGACCUGCCCCCAGACGCACUACAGAACCACGGCACCUUCCUCAUCAACCUGGAGGGUGGCAUAAUCCGCGAGGACAGCCCUUAUAGCAUCGCUGCGGUGCCCACCUCUGCUGCCCGUUGCCCUCGGUGCCGACGCUACACAGCUGAAUCAGCAGACUGCUUGUGCCCGCGCUGCCAAGCCAUCGUGUCACAGGCUCCUUGACCAGCCAGACAUCCUCACCCUCACCACGAUGACCAGAAAACAUUAACAACACUGUUUCGCUUCGCUGCAUUCGGCUGACAUUGCCCCUGACGACUUAACAGAGACCAGGGUUCACGCUCAACUGUCACCAUCAACUCAGAAUCAGUCAGGUUUGAACUUUGAAGAGAGAGUGCAGCUUGGCACUGGGUCGACACUGGCCGAGCUUGAUAAUAUGAGAUAAC